AUGAAGCUCUCCACGGUUCUCACAAGUGCUCUGGCCGCCCUGGCCACCGCAAGCCCUGCCAUCACCAAGCACGAGGCGUCCGCACGGUCACCAAGCCUCCUCGACAUCAUCCUCCACAAGCUCAACCUCCCCAGCAUCCCUCCAAAGGACUUCGACGAGCUCAAGCAAUGCAUGAGUGUCCACAGAGGCUUUCACGCCGACUACAGCAAGGCGCAGGACGGCGUGUUCUCCAUCACCAACGUAGACCCCACCUGCUGCGAGAAGGCGAAGGCAAUUUGGAGCGAGGUUCCUCCUGACAAUCGAUGCGGAGAGGCUGUCUUCAAUGAGCCUUGGGGCUAG